UUGUCGCGAAAGAAUAUGUUCAAUUUUUUUAUUUUCAAAUUUAAAUAUUCAUUUCAUUUCAGAUCUAUGUCCUCAGUCCAGAUGAGUUCCCCAACUACCAUACCAGCUUAUGUUAUGAAUUGUUUGCGAAUUAUCAUUAUUCAUUUGGAUUGAAUGUAAUUUGAAUUUACUUUAAAAUCAGUGGCGGUAUUUUAGCCAAAUAAUUCCGAUCGGAAUUAUGUGUUAGAAUAUCGACACAGUUUCAAUCCAAAGUCUGAAAACGCUAUAUGCUUGCAUUAUCUAGUAAAAUAUUCAACCAAUGACGAAAGCGCCACCUAACAUAUUCCACACUCAAACUAAAUUGACAACCAGUUUUAUUGAAUAGUUUUGACUCACCUAAGGUUUGAGUGUGGAAUAUUCUAGAUGGCGAUUUCGUGACAGAUUGAAAAUAAAUCAGAUUGAUUUUGCAGACUAUUCAAAUUGAAACUGUGGAAGAUGUGCGAGAUCUACCAAUCGAGAUGCGAAAGUGUCGAUUUUCAGAUGAACGUUCGCCCAUAAAUGCAUCGUUUCCUUACGGAUUUUCUUCAUGUAUAAAUCAAUACCAAGUUGAAUUUGAUCUGAAAAAUUGCAAUUGCACAGUACACUUUUCUCCACCUGAAUGCAUUAGAUGUACCAAAAGUUCGUAUGUGCUUGCACUUCAGCGUCACAAUUACAUCGAGCAAUGUUUUUCAACUUGCACAGAAAUGAUUGUUAAUUUAAUCAGCUAUGACAGAAGGCAGAAAUAUCCUCCAUAUAUACCAUUUAAUGAAAGUGAUACAAAGAGUGGAGAUGUGUCCAUGACCGUAGUAAUACCGAAUCUGCCUACUCGAUUGACUCGCCAAUUAUUAUUCACCAGUCUUGAUUUGGUUGUAACAAUCGGUAGUAUUAUUGGUUUAUUUUUCGGUGCAUCAUUCCUUAGCUUGGCUGAAAUAAUUUAUAUAUGGAUUUUGCGAAGAUUUUAAUUCAAAUGUGUAUGCUUCAUACAUUUUUUGCAUUUUCAUUCUAUUUGAUCAUUACUUCACAUUUUCACUAAAUGCAUAUGAUUUAUUGAAUUGUUUUACCAAAUGAUUUAAAUAUAUUUUGAUACAUUGUACGAUUGAACCAAUUAUUGCACACGACAUGCGACAUUCAUAUACAUAAACAUCAGUAGAAUCCGUUUCACUAUCGUAUCACACAAAAAUAAAUAAU